UAUAGUUUAAUGCAGCAACUCUUAAAUCGCCCUUUAAUUACGUUAGCUGGAGUUUAAUAUAAGACGCUUGCGAGACUAAAGUAGUCGGUGAAACCAACGGCAAUCCAGUGAUACCUGGAGGUGGGGUGCGAUCUAAUUUAUAUAGGUGGCAGCAUCGCAUGUCAAGUACGCUAUUAACGAGAAUAUCAACGUCGAAGAAGGUAAAGAAGCGUGUGCAGGGGUCGCUCUCGUCGUGUACGCGAUAAAGAUGAGUGGAGCAGCCAAGAAGGCAGCGGGAUCGUCUGGUAUCAUGGAGUGGGUUACUUCAACGUAUCGGUUCGCCAUGGACAGGAAUGAUUUUAGAAGGAACCUCCUCGUGAAUCUGGGCCUCUUUGCUGCAGGUGUCUGGGUUGCUAGGAACUUAUCAGACUUUGAUUUAAUGUCCCCCCAGUCUGUCUCCUAAAAAAAGCAUCUUCCAUAAUCCUCAUGAGGUGUCCGUGACCAAAACGCUGUAGAUUCCUGGCUUGGAUCUCCUUGGAGGCUCUGACAUGCUGAGAGAGUCCAUCUGCAAUAAAUGACAUUUGUGGAAACUUA